AUGUGGUUAGAGGAUUAUAGAGAUACAAAUGUAAAGAAGUUUAUUGAUAUAAUGAACAAUAUGAAUUUUGUUAAUAAGGUGAAUGUAUUUACCUCUAGGUCAGAUUAUAUUUUAGAUGCUGUGUUUUGUUUUAUGGGUGAUAAUUACUUUAUGAAUUUGAUAGUGGAGCCAGAUUUUUCUAUCUCUUUUUACCACAAGCUUAUUAUGUUUGAUAUUUCAGUCUUAUUACCAAGUAAACUUAGGACUAAAAUAACAUUUAGGAACAAACGGUUAUUAGACUCUACUGUACUAAUAGAUGUGGGCGUUACUGUUAUUGAAGAAAAAUAUAAUGAACCCUGUGGAUGUACUGACUUAAAUAGUAGCAGAAAUAUUUCUGUAGGUGAAUGUGUGGUCUGUCUUGUUGCUUUGUAUUUUUCUGUAUUUUCCAAAGAAUAUGAUAAAAUGUGCCCUGUGGUAGAGAAAGAUAUUGUCAUAAAAGACAGCUCCCCAUGGUUCAAUGCUGCAAUUAGGGAAGCCAGGAAAAAACGGAGGUUGGCAGAGUCACGUUGGCAUAAGCAUAAAACAAAGAGAAAUCGAAUGUUAUAUGUGGAAGCUAGGAAUGAGGUAAAUAGAUUAUUAAGAGAUGUAAAGAAGACAUAUUAUAAUGAAAAAGUAACUGAGGUUGGGUCCAAUAUCAGAAGGCUGUAUUCUGUGUUCGAUGAACUUUUAGGGAAAAUUAAGAGGCAUGUUUUACCAGACGGGAGGUCUGAGCUUGAAUUGGCAAAUGAAUUUGCUGAAUUCUUUGAGUCAAAGGUUGCCUGUUUACUUUGUAACUUCACAACUGAUGUUUCUUGCCCCUAUCCUUACUUUCCUGAUUUUCCUUUCUCAAAGUUUUUGCAGUUUAGGCCAAUUUCAUUCGAUGCCUACAAAACUAUGUUCAUUAGUUCUGGCCGCUCUUAUUGCAGUAACGAUCCUUUUCCAAUAAAUGAGGUCAUCGACGCCCCGAACAUAGAUAGGUUAUUGCAAUUGCAGCUUCGAAUAGUCAACUUGAGUAUUACUAAGAGCUUAGUCCCGUCCUCUGAAAAAGUUGCUAUCAUUAAACCAUCUCUUAAAGGAUCCCUUGAUCAUCAAGAAUUGAAAUCUUACAGACCAAUUUCUAACUUGUCUUUUUUGUCAAAAAUGAUCGAAGGUUUUAGACCAACUCAGUCAGCACUUGAAAGUAAUUGGAGCUAUUCCUGA